UCUGAGACUAAUAAAUAUAUUCUAUGGAGCAAGCAGUGGCAAAAUUUCCCUUGGAAACUGUGCGUAAAUUCAUAGAUAUCCAAGAAAUCCAAACAGAUUAAAGGCCUGUAUAAAAUCAAAAGGCCAUUUCAAAUAGAAUAGUGUUUUAUUAUUUUCUGAGACUAAUAAAUAUGUAGGUAUAAAUUUUAAUAAUUUUAGUUUUAUUGCAUUAAUAAUACUACACUGACUCUCUUAAAGAUUCUAUGGAGCAAGCAGUGGCAAAAUUUCCCUUGGAAACUGUGCGUAAAUUCAUAGAUAUCCAAGAAAUCCAAACAGAUUAAAGGCCUGUAUAAAAUAAAAGGGCCAUUUCAAAUAGAAUAUUGUGUUAUUAUUUGCUGAGACUUUAAUAAAUAUGUAUCAUGGAUGGCAGCAUUACCAUAUUUAUCAUGUGUUCCUGCAACAUACCUAAUGGCAUAUAUGGGAGAUAGAUUGGGAAGAAAAUCAACGCUCCUGUUCAUGUCUGCUAUUUGUUUUACAAUCUGGACAUUAAAGAUCUGUUCAAUGAAUAUCUGGGUUUUUAUUAUUGCUCGUAUACUGGUUGGAAUCACCAUGGCCGGUGCCUGCGUCACAGGCCCUACUUAUAUCAAAGAGAUAAGUGAAGAUAGUAUAAGAGGAGCUCUGGGAUGCUGGGGUGCAUUAUUCACAGCUACCGGGUCUCUCUUUUCCUAUAUCAUAGGAGACUUACUUGGCUAUCAUCAGAUCCUUUAUGUGUUGGUGGCGUUUCCCAUGAUUCACUUUAUUGUGUUUCUCAUUAUGCCCGAUUCGCCAUCUUAUCUCGUAAAGGAAGGAAAGCUAAAGGAGGCAGUGAAAGCACUAACGUGGCUACGAUGCAAGGACAGUCCGGAUACCUCUAUACAACUGGAACUGGAACGGCUAAUGAAGGAACACAAGGAGGACGAUGAGAAUAAACAAUUUAUGUUAAAAUCUAUUGCGACAGACAGAAUACUCUUCAAGGCUUUUCUCAUAGCCUUGGUAGCAGCAGUUUCUAGAGAGGUCUGUGGUGCCGUGCCAAUCCAAAACUUCGCAGGAGACAUCUUCAACCUGGCUUCAGAGGACAACUCGUCCUUUGCUCUUAGCCCAAACAAGCAAGCCAUGAUGUUGGGAGUCGUACAGCUGGGUGGAUCUUUGUUAGCAUCUAAUGUUGUUGAGAAAUGUGGUAGAAAGUGGUUAAUGGUUAUCACCUGCCUGGUAUCAGGGCUGAGUAUGUGCGUGCUUGCGUCUUGGUUCCUGAUCAGAGAUUACAACAUUAUCAGCACCGCUUGGAUACCAGUAAUCACUUUGUGCCUGUGUAUAUUCUGUGAUGCAGCUGGACUGAUGCCAAUAACCAUCGUCAUAACAGGAGAAAUAUUCUCAUUUAAGUACCGAGGAAGCGUCUUAGCAACAACCAUGGCGAUCGCCUCAGUGGCAGACUUCUUACAGCUUUUAUUCUUCAAACCUCUCGCAAAUACUAUCGGCGUGUUUUACGCGUUCUACUUUUUUGGAGUCAUGUGCCUUCUAACCGUUGUUUACGUGAUCAUCAAGCUGCCGGAAACAAAGAACAGAUCAUUAGAAGAGAUAUAUGAAGAAUUGAAAAGAAUGUAAUUUAUUGCUAAACGAACAUGUAUAUUUACCGCAAAGACAUAACAAAAGACAAAAUUAGUGCAUCUGACUGACAUCUGACCACUAGGUCUGAUUAUUUUAACUUUAAUAGUGACGUAUAAUGUUAGGACAAUAAAAACGUGUACAAAUCACACGUGGUAGAAGUGAAACCUUCAAAAAAUUUGGUUUCAAGAUAAUGAGACGAAUGUAAUUUUAAUAUUAUUUAUCAUUUUUAAUAAAAACUACAAUAAUUAAAAAAGUUUUCAUAAUAUUUAAUGUGUUGGGACUUUUUCACUAUCUAAAUGAAUUAGACUUCUUUUUAAGAUAAUUUGAAUUUUGUACAUUAA